AUUUAUCGGAUGCGCCAAUUUACUUCGCGGCUGGACCUGGACUCCUGCGAUCAGAGAUCUGGAGGGAGGACCAUGAAAGCAACAGCUGCAAUAGCGUACGUGAUUAAUGCCAAUGUUGCUCGCGAGCACAAGCGCAGAGGAGAUGGAGUCAGAGGGGAGGCCUAGAAGAAGACGAGACUGCAUGGCGAAGACAGAGGGCCGGUGGUGACAGACCCGUUGGACCGACGGCCACCGGAAGAUGGUUCACAUGGAAGAAAAUGGAUCAUCUACGAAAAAUUUCAAAAUUUCAAAAGGUCAAAGGAACGGGAAUCCUCAGGCAGCACUUGCUGUUUUGCUUUCGAAGCGGGAAAAAUUGAACGAAGAGCUGAAAAGUGUGGAGAAGCAGGUCUAUGACAUGGAAACAACCUAUCUGCAUGAUUCAAGCCAAUGCGGAAGUGUCCUUAAAGGAUUUGAGGCUUACCUCUCGUCCUCGAAGAAUGCAGGCAACUUGAAAAGAUCUAGGAAGUUCCAGCCUGAGGACAGGCUUUUUUCGCUAUCUUCCGUCACAUCACCUGCGGUGGAGGAGAACAAUGCUGGACGUGAGAAUGAUGGAAGGCCUGAGGGGACCCUGGGUAGAAACAAAUCAGGUGUAGGUCUUUCUUCAAAUGGCCCAGGGAAACAAGCCAAACGGGGCAGAACUGUUCCAAGAGAAGGCAAGAGAAUUAAACAAGGAAAUGAGCAAGAACCAGAAGAAGAUGAAGAUCUGGACCUCGUGCCUCGAUAAAGAUCUGGCCUUCGAUGUGAAGGUUUUAUAAAGAGUGCAGGCAGCUUGCCAACAGAUUACACAGUUGUUAAGAGAUGAUAAGAACUUGAGGACUUUUCAGCUGUAAUUGUAAAUAUCAGGACACAAGGACUCAAACUACAUGGUGACCGACUGACUUGGUGCUGUCCACUGAAAUGGGCUUUUAGUUUCACUCAGAAAUUCACAGACCACGCUGAAAAACUUUGUACAUUCUUCGAUCACAAGUCCGAUCCAGCUUUUCUUCAGUACUGGUAUGAGGACAAGCAAACUGUGAAGCGGUUUGGUUUGUCUGGGAAGGACAGUAAAUUGAAGAUUUUUAGUCUCGCCUGGAUGGGAGAGAUACCGCACUGCAUGGAGUGCCGGCCGUAGCUAGCUCAGUAGACUGACUUUGGGAUAUCAUGAAGCCACUUUCUAAGUGAUGUCGUGCCUACAAUAUGGAGAGUUGUGCUAAAUACAAAAUCAACUUUCCUCUUUGCUCGGUGUCAUUACGCAUCACUUGUGAGAGAGGUUAGAUUAUAUUGUAUGAAUAAGAAAUAAUAUCAACUUCUGGUACUUCAACGGACUCCG